AUAAAAAAUAAAAAAUUUAUUAAUCAAAAAUUAAUAAGAAAACAUAAAUAAAUAAAUAAAUUCUUCUCAUAACACUUGCACGGGGAAUAGAUGGAUGAGCGCUUGACUUGCUACGAAGAGUACGAAGAGUAAUAAAUGCUAAAAUACAAAAUAAUGACAAGAAAUCGAAGAAAAAUUAAUUAAAGCAAAAUUGUUUCAAAGUAGUCGUAGUGCGUAUUGGGGAUUGAGUUCGUUAAAAACAUGUAAUCAAUUUUUAAAAGCAAAAACUUUUCUAAAAAUUCCAAAAAGCCGCAAUAAAUAUAUAUAUAUAUAUGAAAUUUCUAAGUGAACGGGAACUUCGUGGAAACUUGGGCCGCAUGAUGUGCUAGAAAAUAUAGGAAAUAUUUUUAUAUUAUAAUACCGUAUUACUACAAACUUGUCGUUUUAUUUCGGUCAAUUUGUUUUUUUUUUUCUUUUUGUUUGGUUUUCAAUAAAAUCGUGAAAAGCAAAUCUAUAAAAAAAAUUGCCUUAAAUGGCUCCGUGUCGUAAUCAGAAUAGCACUGGACAACAAACUCAAUCAUUACAAGAAUUUUCGGAUUAUAAUAAAAUCACUUCCAAUUACGGAAGUGAUACGCAAUUAAAGAGUAGUUUUUACGACAACAGCAUCAACGUCGAAGAGUUAAAGUCAACGUCAACGUCAUCGUCGUCUUCAUCUUCUUUUCCGGCUUUGAUUACAGCCUUCUCUACCACGGAUUUAACACAACGGGUAGAACAGCAACAACUGGGCAAUAUGUCUCCUAUGCAAACUUCUACAAGCAAUAAUAAUAUCAAUAAUAACAACAAUAAUAAUAAUAAUCAUAAUCAUAACAACAAUAACAACAACAACAACAACAACGGAAAUACUGUCAAUACUAGUAAUGCGCUGACUCAACACAAUCUCAACAGUAAUAUUAACGUUGAUCAAUUUACGCAGUGUUGUUAUCCGAACGGUGAUUGUUGUAAAUUGGAUACGUCCCUUAUCUAUUUAAGCGAUCUGUCCGACUGUGUGAAGGUUUUGUGCAACAAUGAGAAUUGUUCCGUGGGUCAAUAUAUGCAUAAAGAAUGCUUCGAAUCAUGGGAGCAACAAAUAAUGGUAUCUCUAAAGAAUAUGGGAGGCCGAGCCCGAUCUUGGUCAGAUCGUCAAAAGGUUCAAAAUAUGUGGACCAAAAAAGGUUACGACCUUAUCUAUAAACUUUGCAAUUGCAAAUGUUCUCGCGGUCAUUUGCGAAAGGAUUUAGAAUGGACUGCUCCCAAAGCAUUAUCCUUUGGCAAUGGACAACGUUUAUUAAACGGUGCUGGGUCAUCGGUCAAUGAUGAUGAUGAUAAGAAGAAUAAGAGCAAUAAUAGCAAUAAUAAAAAGAAACGCAAAAAUAAUCAGAAAAACACAUCAAAUCAACAAUCGCAACAACAAACCCAGCAGCAACAAGCAAAUUCGAUAACAAUAAACGGUGGUAGCAAUAUAAGUAACAAUAGUUUGGAAUGUGGUGGUCAGAAUAAUUUGAUGCCGGCACCAAAUGUCGGAGUGAUCGGUUCAGGUUUACCGCAAAAUCAACAUCAACAACAGCAAUCGUCUAUAACGGCCAAUGAUGCAAAUACCGAUAUGCCGGCGAAUAUGGUAACUUCUUUGAACACAAUUCUACUUAACAGUCAUAUCAAUACGAAUGCGUCAAAUAUUUUGGGACUUGAUAUACGGCCAACACGUACCAAUAGCAUUUCCUCGGGUAGUAAUAAUAGUGGUUCCUCUUCACCUUCGGCUAUAUCGACGUAUUCAAGUGGUAUUGGCAGUGGCGGCAUUAAUACUAUCAAUGCUGAUUUAACCUUGUGUUCACCCAUACAACAGCAGCCACAGCAACAGCAGCAGCAGCAGCAGCAUAAUCUUAUGCAAUCAUCUGUCGCUUCACCAUUAACUAAGACAAUAUUAAGUGGUUUAAGUAAUUUACAUAAUUCCGUACUUCUGUCCAAUAACAAUACAAACGCAACUAAUGCCAUUCAUAAUAAUAACAACAAUAACAGUGUGUCAAAGUGUUCGUCGUCUGCAUUGAUCAUUAAACCACUUCAUACCCCAUCAUCUGCAAAUCAAAUUUUAUCUAAUGGUUUUAAACAAUUAACGCUGUUCGAAGAACAACAGCUGCUAUUGCAACAAAAAUUAAAAGAAGUCGAAUUAUAUUCGGAAAAAGUGCGGUCAACAUCUGGUUGCAAUGGUAUAUUUUCACGACGCUUGGAUUUUUCAUCCUUUAAUUUAUUGCCGAAAACACGUUUGAAUUCCUAUCAAGUUAAGAUUGAAGACGAAGGCAAUCAUGGCAAUGAUGAAACCCGGCUGUUCAUAUUAUCAUCUUUAGCUCAGUCCCAGAAAAGCCGCGUCGCAUGCAUUAUAUGUGAAGAACCAAUGCUGGUCUUCGAUCGCUAUCCCUUGGUCGAUGGUUCAUUCUUCUUGAGUCCUAAACAGCAUUCGCCAGAUUGCAUUGAGGUCAAAUAUGAAGGUCGCGCCAUGUUUUUGACUUGCGUUUGCAUGCGCUGCUUAGAUGGUACUUCAACGAGUCGCAACAUCAGCUGUCGUUUCUGUGGGGAAAAGUGGGACGGUUCAAAUCUAGUCUUAGGCACAAUGUAUGCCUAUGAUAUAUUUGCGGCAAUGCCCUGUUGUAUUGAACGUAUUAAGGUAAUCUAUCAGUGCAAUAAAUGUUUCAAAUUAUUGCUGCAUCCACAACAACGUUUAAAUUUUUACAGUGACUACUCGCACUGUGUCACUUGUCCCUUCUGUGCCACUCAGGAUACGCAUUUUGUUAAACCUCUUAACUAUUGCUAUAUUAAGAGCUUACCGGGACGCUUGCCUGCCAUCGCAUAACAUGAGGCUUCGUUGGAGUUGCCAUCCUCUACCACCAACAAAAUACAAACAGCGAUUUCAAUUGCUGGUGUGGCACCUCCAACGAAUCCUAUUGAAGUUACUGCUUCUAUAAAGAAACCGAAUAAAAAGAUUGUUUUAUAUAAUCCAAGUGUUGAUUAUACGGCACCAUUGCAGCAACAAAUCAAUGCCGAUUUAAUCGGUUCGCAUCCACAUGUCCAACAGUAUGUACAACAACAGCAACAACAAUCACAGGUAAGACAAACAUCUUCUAAUGUUAACAACACCACCACCACCACCAACAACAACAACAACAACAGCAACAACAAUAAUAAUAAUAAUAAUAUAAGAAGCAUUCAUUCAUCAUACAAUAUGAAUGCAUUAGCAGCAGCAGCCGCAGCAGCAGCAGCCACAACCAUAACCACCAACACCACGACCACCAACAAUAGUAACAAUAGUUUAGCUUUAAAGUUAAGUGAACAACAACACUCUAAUAACAAUAAUAAUAAUAAUAAUAAUAACAACCAUAUUCAAGCAACAGUUCUUAACUCAGCAACAAACAAUAGUAAAUUUAAUAAUAAUAAUAAUAAUAAUAGUAAUGCUACUACUAUCACUAAUACAAAUGCAACAAUCAAUAAUUAUAAAUUAAUGGAAUAUAAUGCAAUGAAAGCCACUGCCAAUUUGGAUUUAAUACGAUCAUCAAUACAAUCUCCACAACAGCAAAAGCAACAGCAACAGCAACAGAAGCUUAUAGGUGGCGCUCCAAUAGGUUUAAUAGAAAAUAAUUUAAAUUGUGUUGUGGUUAACAAUAAUAAUAGUAACAGCAGCAACAAUAACAGUAUUAGUAAUUUAUUAAAUAGCAAUAAUUUAAAUACAAUAACAAAAUUGACACAAUUACAAAAUGCCAAUAGCAAUAACAGUAUGUGGCCCGCAAUGCAAUUGCCAGCCACAGCAACUAGUAGCUCUGAUAUUGUCAAUAAUAUGUAUAACAAUAACAAAAUUAAUGGCAAGAGUGGCAAUAUGAUAACAGCAUUUAAUUUACCAACGGUAAAUAUAGAUAAU